AUAAUAUCAUUCGGUAAUCAUUAAUCACUAUAGUUGAUAAAAAUUAAAACGUAAAUUUAUUGUAAAUACCAAUUACCAACUACCAAAUAGAGCUUAAUAACUAAGAAGUCAGAACUUAUAAAGUUAUUCAAUAUUCAAAGACGAUAUUAUGCCAUCUGUCGAAGUGUCGUCAUGACAUGAUUAUGAUUUAAUUGUUUAAAUAUUGCAAGUAAUGCAGGUAUUAUAAUUUUUAAUCUGUAAUAAUUAUUAACUCUCGUAGCAUUCGAUCAAUUGGAGUAGUGGCUAAGGAAGUCUCCGCCUUUGAAAAAUUACUAUGUAUUUUACUAGUUCGAAUGUUUCUAAUGUUCUGCUUUACAUUGACUGACAAUAAAUAAACGCUUGUUUGUCUAUUUGCCUGAUCAUUCGAGGUUUUGUUAUUAUAGUAAACAAUCGGGAGUUGUACUCGUUUCUAGUACACUUUUAGUACAUWGUGCGAAAAAAUGGCUCAUGGACAUUCAGAACCGCAGUAUGAACUGUUGAACGGAAAAAAGAAAUAUGUUCAGCCAAUCAUACAUUCCAUGGUAUUAAUUGGGUUAGCUGCUCUUAUGGUAUUUGUUGUGGUUCUGAUGUUUUAUGUAUCUUGGAUAAAAUUUGAAGACACCAAUGAUCAAAAUACACCAAUGGACUUUGUUCUUUUUGGUCCCCAGAAAUAUACAAAUUCGGAUAUUGCUGCUUAUCGUGCUCAUACAUUUGCUGUUGCUGCAAAAUCAAAUUUUAAAACCAACUGGACUGCUAAAGAACAAAUUAUUCUCAGCAAACGAAUUGAUAAAACAUAUAAUUUGGCCUGUUAUUAUUCUAUACCAACUGAUAAUACAAAUAAAUCUCUUCACCCUGCUCAAAUUAACGCUUCUUUAUGUACUCAUUUAAUUGUAGCUUUUGCACAAGUUCAAAAUAACAGUGUUUACUUCAAGAGCUCAUUUGAUAUGCAGAUUUUAAGACAAGUUGUGAAGUUACGUAAAAAAAACCCAAAAUUAAAGGUAUUACUGUCUAUAAUGCAUUUCUCAAAUGGUUCACAUUCAAAUGAAGGGUUUCCUGGCGUUGUUGCAAAUAAAGAUAAUUUAGACAAAUUUGUCAAUAAUGUUGUAUCAGUUGUCAGAGAAUUUUACCUAGAUGGUAUUGAUAUAGACUGGGAAUUUCCAUCAUGGCCUUUAUUAAAUCUAGAAGAAAAAUAUGGGUUUGCUAAGUUAUUAGAAACCUUACGUUACCAUCUACCUGACUCUCUUUUAACUGCAGCUGUUGCYGCUCCAUUAAAUAUAAUUGAUAAUUCUUAUGAAAUGUAUUCUUUAGUAAGUUUCGUUGACUUUAUUAAUGUUAUGGCGUAUGAUUAUCAUUCAUACCAAUGGUAUUUACCAUUAACUGGUCCCAAUUCCCCUUUGUUUUCUUCGCGAAAUGAUUCUGGAUACUUCCAGUAUUUAAAUAUUAAUUCUUCCAUUCAAUAUUGGAUCUCAAAGGGUAUGCCUAAAGAAAAGAUAUUGCUUGGUAUGCCUACAUAUGGACAUUCUUUUAAAUUAAUAAAUGAAGCCAAUAAUGGUUUUGGUUCACCUUCUUCUGGUCCUGGUAUUGGCAAGGAUGGUUUUGUAACUUUUUCAGAAACGUGUGAGUUUAAAUCACGCCAAGAUGCUUCUACUAUUUUUAACCAAGACACCUACACGCCAUAUUCAUAUCAUAAAAAUGACUGGAUAUCUUUUGAUGAUGAAAAUAGUUUGGCGUACAAAGCAGAAUUCGCUGCAUCUUUAGGUUUAGGAGGUGCCAUGGUAUUUUCUUUAAACACUGAUGAUUAUAGUGGUUCAAGUCUAUGUUCGCAAUCAGUAUUUCCAUUAACUUCUAGAAUAAAAAUAGUUUUAAAUGAUGACUACUUAUAAAUAUUUAGAGGACACUUAACUAAAUACUAAAUAGUGAUAAAAAUACCAACUUCAACUUUUUGAUAUUCAAUAGCCUCUAUAAUAUAUUAUUAUAUUAUAUACAUAAUAAUUUAUAAUUUAUGUUAAUAAUGUUGUG